ACAGCUGAUAAUCAGUCUGUCUUCUUUUUGUUUUGUUUAUAUAGAUAAAUUCGCAAUUAUUUCAAUUCGUGUUGUAAUUCUUAACAUUUUUACUUACAUAGAAACACAAACAAAUGAAACUUACCCGCUGCCUACUAAGACCUAAGGCUUCUGAAGUUUUAACAGCUUAUUUAACCCAAUGCAAUGAGCCUCCUUGGACUUCUUAUUUUGUAAUGUUAAAAGAUGUGAAGAACGAUCAAUGGGGUAUGGCAAAUUUCAAUUGGACACUUGAAUCUGGAACAAAUUAUCAGAUUUUGCGGGCCACGUGUUUUCCUUUUAUAAAAUAUCACUGCAGCAAAAAACAGCUGGAAGACUUAACAAUCGAAAAUACUUUUUUUAAUUUUCUCAAAAUUGUCAAUUUAGGUUUGCCAAUGUUCUUUUAUGGCUUGGCUGGAAUAUGUCUUAUAAAACACACUGAAUGGGUAGUUAUGCCGAACGGUCACAAAGUACCAAUAUACUUUCUCUAUCCAGAAGAUAAAGGUUCAAAUUAUUAAAUAAACAAGAAACGAUCCUAAUAAUCCUAAUGACGUU